AGGGCGACUGCGCAGGCGCGGCUGGGCUGGUUUUUGCGUGGGGCUCCGUGGCCGCGUGACCUUGCGACCCCGCAGUCCCCGCGCACUCAUGGCGGCUGUCAGGGCGUUGGUGGUGCCCAGGCUGGCGGCGGCCUCCGCGUUCCCGCGGUUACCCGGCCUGCGGCCGCUGUACCCCGGCGCACGAGAGCCCUCCCCCCGCGCGGCUCUGCACGGCUCCGCGCCGCGCCCCGGGGCCAGGGUCGCGCUGGUGCUGUCGGGAUGCGGGGUCUACGACGGGACGGAGCUCCACGAGGCCUCGGCGAUCCUGGUCCACCUGAGCCGUGGCGGUGCCGAGGUCCAGAUCUUUGCUCCUGACAUGCUUCAGAUGCACGUGAUUGACCACACCAAGGGGCAGCCUUCUGAGAGCGAAACCAGGAACGUGCUGACUGAGUCGGCGAGGAUUGCCCGCGGCAAGAUCAGCGACCUGGCCCGGCUCAGUGCGGCCAACCAUGACGCUGUCAUCUUCCCCGGAGGAUUUGGAGCCGCCAAAAACCUGAGCACAUUCGCCGUGGACGGGAAGGAUUGCAAAGUCAAUAAAGACGUGGAGCGCGUCCUGAAGGAGUUCCACAAGGCUGGGAAGCCCAUUGGCUUGUGCUGCAUCGCUCCUGUCCUCGCGGCCAAAGUGCUCAGCGGCGUCGAGGUCACCGUGGGCCACGAGCAGGAAGAAGGCGGCAAGUGGCCGUACGCUGGGACUGCGGAGGCCAUCAAGGCCCUGGGCGCCAAGCACUGUGUAACAGGAGUGACCAUAUCCUUUCUGUCAGCGGGGGCGGCGUGUGGCGCUGGGGCACCCCUCCUCUGGCCCUGUGGGGCUGCCCUGCGUGGGCAGCCUCUUCAACCAGGAAUUGCGCUGCUGGGGCGUGUACGUGAUGGGGUAAUCCCAUCCUAAUGGGUGUAUGUGGUGAACAGUGUUCAGGAUUUUCUAGUUUGAAGAACAGGAGAGGGAUCGCCCCACCCUCUCCCCAGGAAGCAGUUCACACGCUCUCUUUACCUCUCUCAAAUCGACAUGUGUUAUGUGUUGAUGUACCAUUGUGGAAGCCAGCUGUAGACAUUUGGACACUAACUACGUCAGCAAACUUCUCCUGGGAUGGGGAGAGUGUCACUUCACCGUCCUCAGAACGUUCUGGAGUCACGUCUGCUCUCUAGGCCCAUUCAAACGUCCCCACUCAUCCCGAGGCUGCCAGGCUUCCCGCUGGUUCUCACAUAGCCUCUCCAUCUAGACUCUUCUUGAUGACAUUUUGCUGGGAGAAUGCCCCGCACUGCGGAUCUGUCUCCCUCCCGGGGUCUUUGACUUGUGCUGUCCUCUCCCUGGUUCCCUGUAACCUGGAGGCAGGGUCUAGGGUGGCUGUUCCUAACCUUGACUUUGCCCCCAGGAGAUAUUUGCCGACGUCCGGCGAUGUUUGUGGCCGUCACUCCGGGGGGUGCUGUUUGACGCCCUCCGGCGUGUGGGGCGCCCCUGGCACGCAGAGAUGCCUGCCCCUGAUGUCAGCCACACUGGAGUCGAGACCCCUGGCCUGGGGGCCCGCUGAGCUCUGGGUCAGACGUCUCUGGCCAGAUCCUUGGUGGGCGCUAUCCAGUGCUUGCUCAUCAGCAGGCGGCAGCUGACGUCGGACCCCCAACUUUGGCCUUCUGGGCGAGGGGCGCCUGUGACCCUCCACUGUGCAGGCGUGGUUCCGCCUUGGCAAGUCCUGAGUCACAUGGGGUGCCCCGCUUCAGCCCCAGUGAAUACCCUGGUCCCUGGGAACCCUUCCUGGUGUCUUCCACCACCCUGACGGUCCCAGAAACCGGUGACCACACCGGGGCUGCAGAGGAUGCCCGACCUUCGUCAGCACCUCUUCGUGGACCAGCUGACUCUCUGUGAAGAAGUCUCCCUCUGUUUCCCCUUCAUCCCAAUCUCUCUUGCUUUUUUGGUUUAGUUUUAGUUUUAGAUUUUUAAAAAAAUCUCUCUCUGGCUUCAUGGAUUUCUACUCAUUCCAAGUGUUAUGAUGAAUUACAGCCAUUAUUCUGUUUGAA